AUGAAUAGUUGUACAAUAUUAUCAGUUUUAUUCGCCGUUUUCUGUGUUGUGAAUGCACAGCAAGGACCAUGCACAACAGCAAGCGGUGGCCAGGGAGAAUGCAAGUCGAUAUACAACUGUCCGUCGUUACUAGCAGUAGUGAACAAACCAAACAGGACGCCACAAGACAUGGAUCUGCUGAAAAGGUCACAUUGCGGGUUUGAUGGACAAGCACCUGCUGUGUGCUGUCCUGGAGAUAAUGAACCACCGAAGCCAAGCAAUCAAUGCUUUACACCCGAAGGCAAGCCUGGGCAGUGCGUCACUCUGUAUUCCUGUCCAGACAUCGCAAACUUGCUGAAACCUCCCGUCCCCAAUGAUAAAAUCAUAUUUGUGCAGCAAUCCAAAUGUAAUGGUCCAGACCAAUACAGCGUGUGCUGUGGCCCCGUACCUGAUUUCCAAAAUGUCCAAAAAGGAAAUUGUGCAUCUAAAGUUACCGCAUUUCCACCAGAUCCAAGAACUGAAUGUUGUGGGCUCGAUGGCAGUACUAAGAACAAAAUUGUCGGUGGGUCACCAGCGACAGUUGACGCGUAUCCAUGGUUGGUGUUAAUCGAAUACGUCAAGGACGGUGUCGUUAAAACACUUUGUGGUGGAGCUCUCAUCAGUGGCAAAUACGUCCUGACUGCAGGACAUUGUGUUGCUGGACCAGUACUCACUCGGGGUACACCCGCUAACAUUCGUCUUGGAGAGUACGACACCGGACAUGAAGGUCCCGAUUGUAUGAUCACUGAGGAAGGUGGUGAGGAUUGUUCACAGGGAGUCACUAGGAUACCAAUUGAUAGGACGAUACCACACCCUCAAUACAACCCUGCUCACCCGCAAAAGAGGAAUGAUAUAGGCUUGAUUAGAAUGGCGCAAAUGGCGCCUUACACAGAAUUUAUCCGCCCCAUCUGUCUGCCAACGUUAGAUGUGACGCAAGGAACAGGUACCUUUAAUACGACUGUUGCCGGUUGGGGUGCAGUCAGCACAAAACAAUCUAGCAGCGCAGUAAAAUUGCACGUUGAACUGCCAUUUGUGAGCAAAGCUGUUUGCCAGCCAGCGUAUGCAGUCCCUGGACGUAGUAUACCCUUAUGGAAGGGUCAGUUUUGUGCCGGUGGCGAGAAGGGCAAGGACUCUUGCAAAGGCGAUUCUGGAGGCCCACUCAUGUACGAAAACGGCAGGAUAUACGAAGCGAUCGGUGUGGAAAAAACCAAUAAAAUAUCUAGCAUAAAACAAGUUAAGACUGCAGUUACUCAAAGGCAAAAGUGCAAUGUAGUAGCAACUACCUGGCAACUUUUGCAAAGACUCAGAGAGGACAACUCUAAAGUAGAGGAUUAUAGGAAGACGCUUCUUUCACAGGACGUCAGGAGACAAUUUGACAAUCAAUCACCAUGA